UUCGAUCAGAGUUUCCCUAAACUUCAGAUGAAGUAGGUGCCGCUGGAUGAGAACAGCUGCUACGCUGCGGGUUUGAUUCUGUUCUGUGUUUAGUGCCGCUUCAGGAUGGACGCGACUAACCGGAGUUUUGAUCCGAGUUGUGCUCAGCCGCCUCCUCUUGCUAUCGACGUGAUUCGAAGACUCGAUGUCUUUGGUAUCGUCCUGUACUCGGCCCUGACCUUCAUGGCCACAGUUUCCAUGCUGGUUUACAUCGAGGAGUGUAUUUACGUCUACAGGAACGUCUCCUCCAACAAAAAGAGCGCCAUCAUCUGGGUGAAUGGAGCUGCCCCGGUUAUCGGUGCAAUGUCAUGUUUGGGCAUGUGGAUUCCCAAAGCUACAAUGUUUACAGACAUGACUUCAGCCACGUACUUCGCGAUCGUGGUGUUCAAGUUCCUGAUCCUGAUGAUCGAAGAAUGCGGAGGCGACGACGCGUUCUUAAAGCGCUCGGAGAAUAAGACCCUACGGAUCAGCACGGGGCCGUGUUGCUGCUGCUGCCCCUGCCUGCCGCAUGUACCCAUCACACGGCGGUCUCUAUUUAUGCUGAAACUGGGCUCAUUCCAGUUUGCACUGCUCAAGGUGGUCUUCACAAUCCUGUCAAUCAUCCUGUGGACCAAUGGCAACUAUGAUGUGACUGACAUGAGCAUCACUGGCGCCGCUAUCUGGAUAAACCCCGGCGUGGGCGUCCUUACCAUCAUCGCCCUCUGGCCUGUUGCCAUCAUGUUCAUGCAUCUGCGCAACACCUUACACAGCCUGAAGAUCGUCCCCAAGUAUGCCAUGUAUCAACUGAUUUUGGUGCUCAGCCAGCUGCAGUCUGCCAUCAUUAAUAUUCUGGCCAUGAAUGGAAUCAUCGCCUGUGCACCACCGUACUCCUCCCAAACCAGAGGUUACUUGAUGAGUCAGCAGCUUCUGAUUUUGGAGAUGUUCAUCAUCACGCUCGUGACUCGGAUGCUGUACCGUCGCAGGUACGACCCGCUACCCGACGAGCAGACCGACGAGGAAAAGAAGAUGGUUCUCUCGACCGAAUGUCCAGCAUGAGAGGAGGAAACGGGUGCUUUAUGUACUGAUGAGCAAAUUAUUUUUAUAUUCAUCAACGAGUAGAUCUAUUACAUGGAUUGUUUUGUAUUUAUCCAUUAGUGUUUCCAGUAUGCGUUGAAUAUUCACAUUUUGUGAUGUGAAUUAUGAAAUGUUUUACAUGUGUAUGGGUUAUAAAACCUGUUAACUAUAUUCAGAACGCACAUAAGUGCACAUUAUAAGCAAUAAUUGCAUAAAAAUGAUGAAAUGUAUUACAUUUAUUAUUGUUAUCUAUAUUCUUUUUGCAAAAUGUUUAAUAAAUCUAUACAGAACAUAA